GGAUAAUCAGUCAGUUACAGUUUCAACGACUUUCAAGUUCGGAAUUUGAUGGCUUCUUUGAUGGUCGGGCAGCCUCCUUUUCCUUUGGGAAAUGGUUACAAAAUCUGGGAAGAUCAGUCCUUUAUCAAGUGGAAUAAGAGAGAUCCUCAUGUUACUUUGCGUUGUCAUGACUCCAUCGAAGCCUCUCUUAAGUACUGGUACGAACGCAAUAAAGUGGACCUUUCUGUUUCAAAAUCUGCUGUUUGGAACGAUGAUGCUGUUCCUGCUGCUCUUGAAAAUGCCGCUUCCUGGGUCCAACAAUUGCCUUUUGUUAAAUCCCUGUCUGGAUACUGGAAAUUUUUCUUGGCUCCUAAUCCCACCACUGUUCCUGACAAUUUUCAUCAGACUGCCUUUCAGGAUCCUGACUGGCCAACUUUGCCUGUUCCUUCAAAUUGGCAAAUGCAUGGAUUUGAUCGCCCUAUUUACACAAAUUUUGUUUAUCCAUUUCCACUGGAUCCUCCUCACCUUCCUCAGGAUAAUCCUACAGGCUGCUACAGAACUUACUUUACUAUUCCUAAAGAGUGGCAGGGUCGUAGGAUUAUCUUGCAUUUUGAGGCUGUUGAUUCUGCUUUCUGUGCAUGGAUAAAUGGGGUCCCUGUUGGAUAUAGUCAGGAUAGCAGAUUACCAGCCGAAUUUGAAAUUACAGAUUACUGUUAUCAAUUUGGUUCAGAUAAGAAAAAUGUUUUGGCCGUUCAAGUUUUGAGAUGGAGUGAUGGGUCUUAUCUUGAAGAUCAAGAUCACUGGAGGAUAUCUGGCAUUCAUCGUGAUGUGCUUCUUCUUGCAAAGCCACAGGUUUUCAUUGCGGACUACUUUUUCAAUUCAAAUCUGUCUGAUAACUUCUCUCAUGCAGAUAUACACGUUGAAGUAAAAAUAGAUGACUCACGAGAAACAUUGAAAGACAGAGAGCUGGCAAACUAUGUCAUAGAAGCUGCAUUAUAUGACACUGGGAGCUGGUACAACAGGGAUGGACAUGUUGAUUUGCUUUCAUCAAAUGUGGCUAACUUAACAUUGAGCACCCCCACCAGUGGUAGUCAUGGAUUUAAUGGUUAUAUACUAGUAGGGAAACUAGAAAAGCCCAAUCUCUGGUCUGCAGAACAACCAAAUUUGUACACACUGGUUAUUGUCCUUAAAAAUGCAUCUGGCUACGUGAUUGACUGCGAAUCAUGCCUAAUUGGUAUAAGACAAGUAUCAAAAGCUCCAAAACAGCUACUUGUUAAUGGGCAUCCGGUUGUAAUACGAGGUGUGAACAGGCAUGAACAUCAUCCACGUCUAGGGAAGACAAACAUAGAAUCUUGCAUGAUUAAGGACUUGGUUCUGAUGAAGCAGAACAAUAUCAAUGCUGUCAGAAACAGCCACUAUCCUCAACAUCCCCGUUGGUAUGAGUUAUGUGACCUGUUUGGCAUGUAUAUGAUAGAUGAAGCCAAUAUCGAGACACAUGGGUUUGUUCUGUCUGGGCAUCUGAAGCAUCCUACUGAAGAACCUAGUUGGGCUUCUGCAAUGAUGGAUCGUGUAAUUGGCAUGGUGGAAAGGGACAAAAAUCAUGCAUGCAUCAUUUCUUGGUCCUUAGGAAAUGAGGCUGGAUAUGGGCCUAAUCAUUCUGCUUCAGCUGGAUGGAUUCGGGGAAGGGAUCCCUCAAGAGUUGUGCACUAUGAAGGAGGUGGAUCCAGAACCUCAUCCACUGAUAUUGUGUGUCCUAUGUACAUGCGCGUAUGGGACAUACUGAAGAUUGCAAAAGAUCCAAAUGAAACACGUCCUCUUAUAUUGUGCGAGUAUUCACAUUCAUUGGGUAACAGCAAUGGGAAUCUACCUGAGUAUUGGGAAGCAAUUGAUAGCACAUUUGGUCUCCAAGGAGGCUUUAUCUGGGAUUGGGCAGAUCAGGGCCUACUGAAGGAAAGUGCAGAUGGUAGUAAACACUGGGCGUAUGGAGGCGACUUUGGUGAUUUCCCUAAUGAUUCAAAUUUCUGUUUGAGAGGCCUUGUAUGGCCAGAUCGAACAGCUCAUCCUGCAUUACAUGAAGUCAAAUACGUGUACCAACCUAUCAAGGUGUCACUGAGGGAGGGCAUACUCAAGAUAAAGAAUAACAACUUUUACGAAACAACUGAAGAAAUGGAGUUCAGCUGGGCUGUUCAUGGAGAUGGUUGUGAACUUGGUUCUGGAAUUCUCUCUUUUGCUGUGAUUGAACCCCAAAGCUCUUUUGACAUAGAAUGGAAGUCUGGUCCAUGGUAUUCUCUAUGGGCUUCCUCUGAUGCUGAAGAAAUAUUUUUAACAAUAGUCACUAAGAUUUUGCACUCGACACGUUGGGUUGAAGCUGGUCAUAUCAUUUCAUCCACACAAGUACAGUUGCCUGCCAAAAGAGAAAUUGUACCUCAUUUCAUCAAACCCAAAGAUGUUGCCCUCUCCACUGAAGUUCUUGGAGAUAUUAUCAAUAUUAAGCAACAGAACUUGUGGGAGAUCAAAUUGAAUGUUAGAACAGGAAUGCUAGAAAGCUGGAAGGUUGAAGGAGCCCCAAUCAUGAAUGAAGGAAUAUUUCCAUGCUUCUGGCGAGCACCUACUGAUAAUGACAAAGGGGGAGAACAAACUAGUUACUGCUCCCGGUGGAAAGCUGCCCGUAUUGAUAGCCUCUCUUUUAUUACAGAAAGUUGUUCUAUACUAACUCGGGCAGACAAUCUCGUGAAAAUAGCAGUUGUUUACCUUGGUGUGGUGAAGGGUGAGGAUGGCUCUUUCAAAGAAGGAAAAUCAAAUGCUUUAUUCAAUAUUGACAUGAUUUAUACAAUUUAUGGUUCUGGAGACAUCAUUAUCGAAUCCAAUGUAAAACCCAAUUCUGAUCUUCCUCCUUUACCGCGCGUUGGAGUUGAAUUCCACCUAGAGAAAUCAGUGGACCGAAUCAAAUGGUAUGGAAGAGGACCAUUCGAGUGUUAUCCAGAUCGGAAAGCCUCUGCCUACAUUGGGUUCUAUGAGCAAACCGUGGCUGGCAUGCAUGUUCCUUACAUUGUUCCUGGGGAAAGUGGGGGCAGGGCAGAUGUCAGAUGGGUGACAUUUCAAAACAAAGAUGGACUUGGAAUUUAUGCUUCAGUUUAUGGCAACUCUCCACCUAUGCAAAUGAAUGCAAGUUACUACAGAACAGCAGAGCUUGACCGUGCAACACAUAUUGAAAAACUAAUCAAGGGGGAUGACAUCGAGGUGCACCUUGAUCAUAAACACAUGGGUUUGGGUGGAGAUGAUAGCUGGACACCCUCCGUUCAUGAUAAGUUUCUAGUUCCUCCUGUGCCAUACUCCUACUCUAUCAGGUUGUGUCCCAUCACAGCUGCCACCUCCGGCUAUGACAACUACAAAUCUCAACUUCAGAACUGAAUCCUGUUUUUCAGCUAAAUGCUUUCUGAAGGAUACGAUGAUGUUACUGUAUUUGACCAUGUAAUAUAUAUUUUCCUAGAGAUAACCUCCAUGUAGUUUGGCCUAAAAACAAAAAAUUUAUGAAUGU